UGGAGCCUAUAGAGGCUCUGGGAUGCGUGGCCAUGAACAUCUGGCCUAUGGGGGGUUGGGGGCGUGACAGAGCCUGCUGGAGGACCCAAUGAAGCUGUGGGAGGCGGGACCCGCCGGGCUGCUGAAGCCUGUCGGGGCGCAGGGUCUUGCCAUGCGGCCGGGGGUUUAGUUGCCUUGUGAGCUUUCCAGCAGCUUCUGCAACGCACUGCAGCAUGUCCACCGCCGCGGCAGCUCGUAAACCUGGAAAGCAGGCCUCCCGAGCCGGGGCCGCUGCAGGGCCUGGCAAGCGGCGGCGAAAGGCCGACUCUGCGGGGGACAGGAAGAAAUCCAAGGGUGGCGGCAAGAUGAAUGAGGAGAUCUCCAGCGACUCUGAGAGUGAGAGCCUGGCUCUAAAGAAGAUCGAGGAGGAGGAAGAGGAGGAGGAGUUGGAGGAGACUGUGCAAGAGAAGAAGCUGCGCUUGGCCAAGCUCUACCUUGAGCAGCUCAGGCAGCAAGAGGAGGAGAAGGCUGAGGCUCGUGAAUUUGAGGAGGACCAGGUAGCAGGGCGCCUGAAAGAGGAUGUGCUUGAGCAGAGGGGACGGUUGCAGAAGUCAGUUGCAAAGGAGAUCCAGGCCCCAGUCCCGGAUGACAUUCGAGUUUUACGGGGCCACCAGCUCUCCAUCACGUGUUUGGUCAUCACCCCUGAUGACUUGGCCAUAUUCUCCGCUGCCAAAGACUGCACCAUCAUUAAGUGGAGUGUGGAGAGUGGACAGAAACUUCAUGUGAUUCCACGAAUCAAGAAGGGUACUGAGGGGCAGCCCCCUGGCCACUGUAGCCAUAUACUCUGCAUGGCCAUCUCCUCCGACGGCAAGUAUCUUGCCUCUGGUGACUGCAGCAAACUCAUUCUCAUUUGGGAGGCCGAAAGCUGCCGGCACCUAUAUACCUUCACAGGACACCGGGAUGCCGUUUCGGGGCUGGCAUUCCGCAGAGGCACCCACCAGCUCUACAGCACAUCCCAUGACCGUUCAGUGAAGGUGUGGAACGUGGCAGAGAAUUCCUACGUGGAGACGCUCUUUGGGCACCAGGAUGCUGUGGCUGCACUGGACGCUCUGAGCCGGGAGUGCUGUGUGACUGCUGGUGGCCGGGAUGGGACUGUGCGCGUGUGGAAGAUCCCUGAGGAGUCCCAGCUUGUCUUCUAUGGCCACCAGGGUUCCAUUGACUGUGUCCAUCUCAUCAAUGAGGAGCACAUGGUGUCGGGUGCAGACGAUGGCUCUGUGGCUUUAUGGGGCCUCUCUAAGAAACGGCCACUUGUCCUACAUCGUGAAGCUCAUGGACUGCAGGGGAUGCCAGGCCUGGAGCAGCCCUUCUGGGUGUCGUCAGUGGCAGCCCUACUUAACACAGACCUCGUGGCCACAGGCUCCCACAACAACUGUGUGCGGCUUUGGCAAUGUGGGGAGGGCUUCCGGCGUCUUGACCCUCUGUUUGACAUCCCCCUGGUGGGUUUUAUCAACAGUCUCAAGUUUUCCAGUACUGGGGACUUCCUGGUAGCUGGAGUAGGACAGGAACACAGGCUUGGCCGAUGGUGGCGGAUCAAAGAGGCACGGAACUCCGUCUGUAUCAUCCCACUCCGCAGGGUUGCCAGACCCCCAGCCUCCAGCUCCUGAUGCUCUUAUCUUCUUAUUUAAGUCCUUCCCAGGUCAUGCCCCACUUUUUGUAUUAAAAAAAAUACCCUUGUGGACUUUGUCUCUUGCAGCUUCUGAGAGGGUGGAGUGUGACAGGGACUGUGAAUUGGAAGAUGCUUGGGCAGGGGCAGUACUCCCAUGAGCUCUCUGCUCUGUCCCUUCUGGCCUGAGAUCCUUUAUUAUUUUCCAAAGAACUUGGGAAGGAGACCUCAGCUGGCUUCUGGCUUCCCUGGGUAUCCUGUAUGACCUCAUCAGGCUAGCUCCCCACCCACUGCUCUGGACUGGAGCGGGAGGAAGCUGCUUACCCUUUAAACAUAAUUGAACCAUCCAAUUACUCAUAUAAGAAAUGCUGUUGGGAUCUGAGAACUGAAGUGGAGACCGCUGGACCUGCAAGUCAGGUUUUCCUCACUGUCCCACCCAGGCCAAGUCAUUCAGACUGCCCCUGAGGUGGGGGUCUUGUGUUAGGGUUGAACCCUGGACAUAAACCUAUUGCCUGGGAACGAGGUCAGAGUUGGGGAUAUCUCUGUCCCAUUUCCAAAUGGCAGAGCCAGGCCACAUCACCCAUUACAGCAAGAACCCUGUGGGAUAAAGGUAUCUAAGUGGUGUUUACUUUCUCUAAUUUUGCCAGCUGGGUAAUUUACUCCUGUUGUGGGACGAAGCUGACAAGGAGUUGAAGUGUAGGAGUAUAAUGAUGAGUCCUCCUCUUAGUGGGAAAAUGAGAAGGGGAUGUUAAGGGGAACCCCUUAGCCCUUUUGGGUCCAAUAGCUGUACCUCUCAAGAGGUGUUGUGGUACCUGCAGGAGAGGAAGCCACAGCUCCUUCCUGCUGCCUUGCUAAGGAGAAUUCCCCUUUAUACUGACAUGUCUGCAUUUGUCCUGGGCCAGAGGGGUCAGGUUCAGACUAAACCCUUGAAAAUCCUGUUACAAAAUCAGAAGAUAUUGGUGGAAUUAAUUUUCUUGUAUAUCCUACCUCAGUUGAGCUCAGCAAUGGCAAAUAUACCUUCUAAAUUACUUGGGAAACAACAUGGAAAAGUCCCUGAGUACAUGAAUCCUUUCCUAUUAGUACCCUCCCAGGGAGGAAUUAAAGUUUGAGAUGGAAUAGCCCUGUGAAGAUAAUUGCUCCCAUGUUCUGCUCAGCCUUAUACUGCUGGGGCUUCCUUGCUGCAGUUGGAUUCUUUUUUUUUU